UAUCAGUUUAAUUCAGGGUAAUGAACAGGUGUGAGAAAGAAAGAAAUACAUUUGUGAAAGAAGCACUCAGAGGUUUAGGCCACAGUGAAUUAAACUGAACACUCAUUCAUUGUACUGCGUAUUAUGCAUUUUUGUCACUGAAAGUGCAUAAAUUAACCAACCUGUUGUAUCAAACAAUCUUCUUUUGUCCUUUUGGAUGCGAGCCAAGUGUUGCACCAUUUUUACAAGGAAGUUAUUAAGGUUUGGGAUUAUCAUACUGGGAGACUCGUUUGUGGGGAAAUCGUCCCUGCUGCAGCGCUACACUGAAGGCAUAUUCGACAAGUCCAGGCAGUCUCCAUUGGGGAUUGAUUUUAAAGUGAGGCAUCUGGAAUUUGAAACUGGAAUCUCAAUUAAACUUCUGCUUUGGGACACAGCCGGGCAGGAAAGAUUCAGGUCCAUUUCCAGAUCGUACAUGAGGAACUCGGUGGGCUGUCUCCUGGUGUUUGACCUCACCAAGAGGGAAACCUUUGAACGCCUGAGAGACUGGUACAUUGAGGUGACCAAUUAUGUGAAGCCGUCAAAGAUGGUUUUUAUACUGAUUGGACACAAAUGUGACUUGAAAGAGGAGCAGCAGGUGUCCAAAGAGGAGGCAGAAGGGCUAGCAAAAGAGCUGGGCAUAGCACACUACGUGGAGGCCUCUGCCAAAGAUAACCUGAAUGUGGACGCUGCGUUCGAAAGACUGACCGUGGAGAUCUACAAGCUUUUUCAUGCAGGCCGCAUUCCAAUAAGGGAAGGCUGGUAUGGACUGUCAGUUGGGGUUCCUGUGGAUCUAUACAACCCUGAUGAGCCAAAGACUGAAAAACCUGGAUGCUGUUGAAAACACCAUUUAUAAUUUGUGGCUACAUUCUUUAGAUAUGUUUUGACUACUUUCCCACUGUCCCAAUAUAUAUAUAUUUUUUUUACCAUAGUUCCAAAUGGCUGGGAAAUUUGUAUAUGAAAGUGACACACAAAACAAACAUAAAAAGAUUUAAAAUAAUUCAUUGUCUGAUUGUCACUGUUAUGAAUGUAACCCUUUGGUUGGACUUAAGUAACCUUAGCCAGCCUUUUUAACAUAAUGCACAUUAGACCUCAGUUUGGUCAGUGAAUAUAUUAUCACUUAAGAUUGUAGCCAUCAUUUUUUCUCCUUUCAAGUUUUUAAUUUAGGGUCUGCCCAAUGUUAUAUAUCACGCCGACGAACUCAGGCACUGUGAAAGACAGCCCGGCUUGUCAUUGGAAAGAGGAGAUUGUGAGCUUUAAAACAAGGUCUUAUUUGUGUAUUUAUGGUAGAUGACCAUAUUAGGAGAUAGCCUUGAAUGCUAGUGUUUUGGAAUUUUGCUGCUGCGCUGAAAGACAGAACUACUCAGUGUAGUAAACAAACAUUUUCACACAAAAUCUUUACAAAAUAAGAGAAAUUGCAACAUUGAAGGCACAAGGACCAAUUUUCCGAUAAAUAUAUAUAUAUAUAUUUGUUUUUCGAGUUUGUGGAUCAGAUGCAUGAGACCAGAGCUGUUUAGGGUUAUGUUGCCAUGGUCGCCACCGUGCUGGCCAUUCAAGCCACAGUGAACAGCCCCAUCUUGUGCCACAUGAUCAGGGUGCCUGGGACGAAUAAUUUGAAUGGGGUUUUUAUUCUUUUUUUUGUUGUUUUCUUUUGCACAUUUUCAAUGAAUCAGUUUUUUGUAGGUUGCUUUUGAUCCCUUUUGUAUAUAUGGCCAUAAUUAUUUUAUUAUCCAAUUUGUUAAAAAACUAAAUAAAAUCCAUGUUCCCUACAUGUUGAAGUUUCAUUGUACGCUGUUGAACUGGUAAUACAAUGCCAAUGUCAGUGUCUUUAGAUCAUUUAUAGCAGCAGCAGACCAACAAGUUGUGUUACAAUUAACAGUAUUUAAUAAUAAUCAUUUUAUGUACAAAAAUGCUUCACAUUGCUGCUUAUCAAAGACUGGAUAAUCACACGUUAAAAACAUGGUCAGGUGUUUUACAUGAAACCUUCAGUGUAAAACAGGUGCAGCAGGGUUGUCAUAGUAACCACUGGUAGAAGAUUGCCAAGGCCCUGUAAACAAAUCAUUCCAUUGUUCUUGAAAUUGGCAAAUACCUUUGACUGAAAAAAAAACAAAAAUCCAACUCCUCUAAUACAUCCACAUUAUUUUCUUGUUAAAUUUCAUACAUUUAUAAUAAAUAUUCAGUAGCACAGACUGGGUGUCCUGGUACUUAUAUGAUGAUAUAAUGAUGUUUGAGCAUGUAUAAGAAUGUGGUACCGCUCGAUCACUGGCUCUAUCAAUACCAUUGUGGCUGCCCUUGUGCUUCCACCUCUCCAUAGUAAAGUAGCACAUUGCUACUGUAGUGGAAUUGCAUUAUCACUGAAGAUCAUUUGGUAUCAGUCAGACACAGCAGCCCCCAUCAACUGCUUUGUAGUCAUUAUCAGCAUGAUCGGU